GUUGAAGAGGUCCUCUCAUUCAGUUGUCCAAGAAGUUGAAGACGCCGAUGGAAAUAUACAUCUAUGGUUAUGGGUAAAACUUGUACAAGGACUGAUACUUUCCCUGAAAGCCAUCAGCUGAGCCGUGAUGCAGACAAGGCACUUCACAAUGUGAUCUUCCGUAUACAUACUCAUACGCUCCUUCCUCAGAAAGAUGAGCAAUGGCGUACUCUUUCCGCAGCAGUGCAUUCUUUGUCAUUUUCAUCAUGGGGUUGAUGUCUGUCACACUUCUCAUUGCCCAGAGCGGCCACUUGUUCAGGAAGAGGGACCACAUCCAGAAACAAGAACACGGCCAUCGAACAAGAAUGCUUGUUCAUCGGAGUCGGGAAGCCUUGAAGCACUACCACGCUUGGACUAGGGGACAGCAUCACCUCCCCAGAGAGGAAGAGAAUGCCAUCCCUGGAAAAGAUGAUAUCCCUUUGCUGCGUCACCGGGCUUGGUCCCAACGACAGCAUCUGCUGAGGAGGCCUCAGGAACCUGCUGUGCUGAGGGAGGAGGAGGACACUUUGCAGCUGGCCAGGGCAUGGUCGGUAAAGCGGGACUACCUCCCAAAGAUCCAGAAAGGUAGCCAUUUCAAGGAGUUUGGGGCCGAUGCAGUCAUCACCACCAACAACCAAAGAUGGACAAACUGGUCAACUCGACACUGCACUCCCCGCAGGGACAUUGCUUUUGUGAAGAUGCACAAAUGCAGCAGCAGCACCAUCCAGAACAUCUUGUUCCGUUACGGGGAGCGGCAUUCUUUGGACUUUGUGUUGCCACCAACUCAUAACAUCCUGGGACGAACCUACUUUGAUAAGAGGUUCAUGAUACAGUUCCCGGUGGACAAGUACAACAUCCUCUGCCAUCAUACUCGCUUCAGUGCCAAAGGAUUUGCAGAAGUUAUGUCACCAAAUGCCGUAUACACGACCAUUCUUCGUGACCCUGUUGAAAUGUAUGAAUCAUCGUUCACCUACAAUGACAUUGCCUUCAGGUUUAAUCUCUCUCCAGAAAAGGGCUUGGAACAGUUUAUGCAAAUGCCCCUCUACUUCUACAACCGAAAUAUAUACACCAACUCGCACGUAAAGAACCCCAUGUUGUACGACUUGGGACUCCCCGAGUCGGGGCAGUUUAGCCCAAGCAAAAUUAACCAGAAGAUCAUGGAACUGACCCGGCAGUUUGAUUUGGUUAUGAUCACCGAGUAUUUUGAUGAAUCAGUGGUCCUCCUGCGUCACCUGAUGUGCUGGGAAAUAGACGAUAUGGUCUAUUUCAUUCUGAAUGCCCGCAGCAAGUCUUCAGUGCCGACUCUGUCGUUGGACUUGGCAGAGAAAAUACGGGAUUGGAAUGCUGGAGACGUGAGACUCUACGAUGUUUUCAAUAAGACGUUUUGGAAGAGAGUGGAGGUGUUUGGUGCCGAGAGGAUGCAUAAAGAAGUGCAGGCACUGCAAGAGCGAGUCGGAUUCUUCCGCGAUUACUGCAUUGAGAGGGUAGUCGAUAACGACCGGCAUGUGUGGCACCCAUACGGGGUGAAGAUCGACAGCUUCAAGCUGAAGCCAGAGACACAACAUGACCCAUUAUGCAACCGGAUGAUCAAACCAGAGCUGCUUUAUACACGAGCACUGCGUAUAACCCAGCUACGGAAGUACAAUAUGGGUGAUUCCAUUGAUCUCAUGACUUACAACAAAACAAGUAAAAGGCCAAAAGGUUGAUUGUGUUCAUUUGUGAAUACGAAAAAGUAAUACAAACAGUAAGAUUUGAAAAUCAUUCCAAACUUACUCUGAAUCUGAAAACUGACUUGACUCAAAGGGGAUUGCAUCCUGAGAACUUUGAAAAAAAAUGUAAAAAAGGACAUACAUAGUAAUCUAGAAUGUAAACAGUGAUCUGGGUCAUGAGACAGAGCGGAAAGAAACAUAUUAUCAAUAACAGCUGAAUGCACCAAUUGAACAGAUGGGAAAAACAUUGAUUAUUGUGUAAGAACAAUGCAAUCAAUAGCAAUAUUGAUAAUACCAUUGUUAAGUUAUUAAUAUCAUUGUUACAUGUAAGUUAUGUAAAUUAAGUUAUUUUGGAGCUUUUGUUGUAGAAUAGUUUAAGAUUUUAUUGACUUUGUUCACUUUUUGUUGUUGACAAUAUGCUGCAUUAGUAUAUUGCCUCCGACAUACCUGAUCUUGAAAAUGUUUAGUCCAAAAUGCAGAGUACACAUGAGAGAUACAGGAAUUUAAUGUGUAUUAAGUGUGUUCUACAUUGUAUACAAGUAUUUAAAAUCUUUUUGCAAUAUUAGAAAUACUUUCAGAGCUUCAAAGAAAACAGUAAUGGUCUGUAAGUAAAUUUUGUUCUCAUUGUCUUUUGCAUAGUCAGUCCAAUAAAUGUUACUUUGUAGAAUA